AUGCGUCGUCAUGGCAGGGCCAGCGGUGGCCCGACCAAGGCCGUCUCGCCCUUGUCCGAUACCGUGUCGCUCAUCCAUUCCUUCGAUUCGGUCCUGAACCCCAACCGGCCUGCGCGACCUUCCCCCUUGGCCUCCUCGCACAUCAAAGCCUUGCCGCUCGAACUCAUCGAUCGCCUGCGCUCGUUCCCUUUGUUUCAGUCCACCCCGGAAUCCUUCUUAAUUGAGGUUGGCCAGCACUUGCGCCCACAGCUCCACGCCCCGAACGACUAUAUUCUGACCGAAGGUGAUGACGCGAAGGCGAUAUACUGGCUGGUGCGCGGUGCGGUCUCUGUCACGUCGCGUGAUGGUGAGAGUGUAUAUGCCGAGCUCAAACCGGGGGCUUUCUUUGGAGAAAUCGGUGUGUUGAUGGAUCGGCCGCGCACUGCGACGAUCAUCGCUCGCACUCGAUGCAUGCUGGUCGUGCUCACAAAAGAGGAUUUUCGAAAUAUCUUGCCGCGCUUCCCGGAGGUUGAGCAGGCCAUUAGGGAAGAAGCUCAGGAGCGAUUGAUGAUUCUGGAGAAGAAGAAGAAAGAAACCUCUGCUCCGGUUGUGGAUGAACCCGCCCCCAGCCCGGUGCGAAGGGGCUCAAAACGAUUGCGAGAGAGCUUUUCCAAAGACCUGGCUGUCACUGAAGAAGACUUGACUCUCAGCUCAAUAUACAAGAAGCGGAAGUCGCCGAGCCCGGGGCGCCGGGAUGCUUCCAGCGCGCUGGCCAAUGGUUCGGUGAAUGUUCGUCUUUUGCUCAAAGAGCUUCCUCUAUUCAAGGGGCUGCCGGCCGAUAUCCUCCAUUUUUUGGGUCUCAAUGCUCAGCCAAGUUCAUUCCCUCCAUUCACCGACAUCAUCAAGCAAGAUUCUCAUGGCCGAGAACUCUACUUCAUCGUUCGCGGUGAAGUGGAGGUUGUUACCGAACGGCAUAAGCAAGAUCAUAUGCAUCAUGGCCAACCAAAUGGGGCUGAUCACCCGGAUGUUGAAAUCAAAGCCCGGCUCAAGCAAGGCCAGUAUUUUGGAGAAGUGGUCAGCCUAUCGCUCGCACCGCGUAGGACAGCUACCGUUCGAUCCGUUACAUCGGUUGAGUGUCUCAUGCUCAGCGGAGAGGUGCUAUCAAAGUUCUGGGAAAUGUGCCCCCAGGAUAUCCGUGAACAAGUCGAACGUACCGCUCAAGAGAGACUUCAGGCUGCAGCAGAUGGUGAUGUGGUCAUGUCAGAGGCAACGGACGAGGAAGCUCCCAUGGGCGACUUGGACAUCGAUGACCGAGUCAAGAUAAGGGCUUCUCGGAGGCGCUCAAUGCCCCUUCUAACAUUGACCGAAACUGAACUAGAUGGACCGCCUCGACCGUCGUCAGUUGAUAAUCAGGAGCAAGCCGUGUUAAGACCUUCAGACCCCGAUCCCUAUCUCAGCCUUGGUUUGGACAAGGUCCGGCUGCGAAGCCGACGCGGCUCGGUGGCACCAUUGACACCGGAGGAACUCACGGGAGAACUGCAACGGUCAUCUCCUACGGAGCCUCGCUCUGCUACCUCCUCAUGCCUGGCCCUCCCUGAGACCGUUGGCCUCUCCAAACCGCACCAAACAUCGCGUCCCUUCGGCGUCGCCCAUCAUGGAAUUUUCCCCGAUAGUGUACUGUUGAACAUCUUCCAAUUCUUGGAUCUCCAUCAUCUCCUUCGAUUUCGCGCGGUGUCGUCUCACUGGUCAGAGAUUCUGAACAAAUCAAACGACGUGGCUCGCAACCUGGACCUUAGCAUAUAUAAUCGCAAAGUCACCGACGACGUGCUUGUUAAAAUUAUAUGCCCGUUUGUCGGCAAUCGGCCUCGAUCUGUCAACAUCAACAACUGCUUCCAUAUCACCGAUGAAGGCUUCAAUGCGUUAGCGAAUACUUGUGCGCCCACAUCGACCACGUGGAAGAUGAAAAGCGUUUGGGACGUCACAGCAUCUGCUAUCCUUGAAAUGUCCAGCAAAGCCACCGGUCUUCAAGAGGUGGACCUGAGCAACUGCCGAAAAGUGGGAGAUACACUCAUGGCCCGUAUUAUAGGAUGGUUCGUACCCGGGAAUCAGAAACCUGGCGAGGGGAAGACGUCCUCCAUCAAGCCGACUCUUCAAACCCCUGAUGGCACCGUCUAUGGCUGCCCUAAGCUGACGAAGCUCACUCUUUCCUACUGCAAACAUGUCACAGAUCGUUCCAUGCACCACAUCGCCUCUCAUGCUGCCAGUCGCAUCGAAGAAAUGGACUUGACACGUUGCACCACCAUCACAGAUCAAGGAUUCCAGUAUUGGGGCAAUGCACGAUUCACCAACUUACGCAGACUCUGUUUAGCGGAUUGCACAUACCUGACCGACAAUGCCAUCGUCCAUCUGACGAAUGCCGCCAAGCAGCUGCAAGAGUUGGAUCUAUCUUUCUGCUGCGCCCUCUCUGAUACGGCAACCGAAGUUCUCGCUCUUCAAUGCUCCCAAUUGCAGUACCUCAACAUGUCGUUCUGCGGCUCGGCUAUUUCCGACCCUUCCCUGCGCAGUAUCGGUCUUCACCUCCUUUCCCUCAGACACCUAUCAGUACGCGGCUGUGUCCGUGUUACUGGAGUAGGCGUCGAGGCCGUUGCCGAAGGCUGCCACCAAUUACAAUCCUUCGACAUAAGCCAGUGCAAGAACCUCACGCCUUGGUUCGAGGAUAAUGGGCCGAUGCGUUACCAACCACGGAUCGAGUUCGAGACUGUCGCUUCAAAUGGAAGGAAUUUCAGAUGA